AUGACUAACACAAAAGAAUUUAACACUAUUCUUUUUGAUAAUAAUUCACACUUACUCUAUGCAAUUUUUUCUAAUUUGAUAUACGACCCUGACGACACUUACUGUCUUGACAACGCAAAUCUAUUGAUUUCACACUUCCAGACCUUUAAUAAAAUCGAAAAUUUGUUCAUGUGGACUUAUCAAAACCAAAAUAACACUUGUUUGCUUUCAUAUUUGUCGUCUUAUAAAUAUCAUUACUUUUAUGAUAGAAAAACUCACACAAAACACUCAACCAUAGCUCAAAUCAAUUCCAAUGAAUUUUUCUUUUCAACUUUAAACACUUCAUACUUCGCUAAACUCUGCUUCCCGAUUAUCAAAGACACAAUUAAGUCAUUACUCCAAAAGGGAAGAUUGAUGGAAUUGGACGCUUCAAUCCUUUCAAUCAACCCGUCGUACCUCGACGAGCUCUCAGCCAAAAGCUUUCAAACAACUGUCGAAAUUUUAACAGAAGACGUUAAAGUUGUGAUGGAUUCGAUACGUUCUAACAUCAAACAAUUUCCAGACGAAUAUGUGGGCUCCCUCAAAAAGAUCAAAAAGGCAAAUUGCAAAGAGAAAAACGACUUUUUCAUAACCCGACUAAUCUUAGAUGGGUUUGCGAGGUGUUUGAAAAACAAAGAGAUCCUCCGAUCAUUCAUGACAAAUCAACAAACGGCAAAGGAGUGUGAUGGUAUCGAACUACUUGGUCGGACUUUAUUUUAUUUGAACAAAGGCGAGGAUUUGUUGUUCCUGAAAGAGGUGGAGAAACGGCUUGGGACAGUUGUGGGCGUCGAUGAUGUGCUUGAUAAGACUGAUUUUUCCGAGAUCCUUCAAAUAUUCAAAAAUGAGAGGGAGAGAGAUCGCGAGAGUGGAAUGGGCAGCAAUCUCACGUUCCUCCUCCGUUGCCAUUUUAUCACUCUUAAAAAAUGCCUGUCUCCAGAAGUCAAAGAGAGAGUGUUGACUUCACUUGGAGAUUUGACGUUUGCGAGUGCUGACGAAUCAUCCUUACAAUUUUUAUUUCGAAAACUAGAGAAGGUUUUUGGAGAUUAUGUUUCGUUUUUUGAGAAAGUCAACGAAGAAAAAAUAGGAAAAGUUGCGGAGUAUAGAAAUCAACAGGACAAGAUUGAGGUAUUUAAAACGCUUUAUGCAAAUAAAAAAGAGACAAACAGGCAAUUGGCGGAACGACUGAAUGCUUUGAGGCAAGAGAAAGGGAUGAAAUCGACGAAUGUUACAAUUCCCGAACAAAAGAAAAUUAUGGUAGAGAAGAAGUUAAAUAUGAACAUCAAUUUAACCAUUAAUCCGCCCAAAAAUAUAUCAGUCAAGAUCAAUGAUACAGAACCAUUUACAGAUAGACCAGAUAUCCACAAAAAGAAAAGGAAGGCAAGUUUCGCGGAAAGACCUUUUGGUGUACCUAAAGAAGACAAAAACACUGAUCUAGAGAUAGCCUUGAAAAAAGACAGAAAAAGAAGAUUGUCUCUUGUCGAUUUAUUCACCAAAAGACAGUCAAGAGAUGAUUUGGAUAAAUGUCUGAAGGAGGAAGGAAAAAAAGAAAAGAAAGAAAAGGAGGAGAAGAACCAAUCACAAGACGAUAAAAAGAAAAAGAAAAAAUAA